UGUCGAAUUGCUUCUUUUGUACCUGACAUCCAUUGUUAGGCUCGUCAGGGUCUUUUCGAUUGCUAUUCGACGCGCUCUACCGCCGACAUACGUGGCGCUUCUAUCUGCAUAUAGGUACUUCGCCCAUACGCGUUGCCGUGGUGACUUCGCGUCAGCGUCAAUUGUGGAAUUAUCCAACCCUUUGGCGCCCCUACCCACAUUCCGAUCUCAAUUGAGCCGUCACGCUUCUCUGUCGCAUUGCUGAAAGAGACUGGUGGUUACAUUCCUUAACAGACACUCGGCCUACUAGGGCGCGCCAAACCUCCUCUUCACCAUGUCGCAAGCUCGGAGGAGAGGGCCAAACCUUGGUGAAUCUUCUACACCUGGUUCGGGAAGGAAAAAAGGUCGUCCUGCUGCUGCUGCGAUGCCCCCCAAGACAGCAGGAAAGCGAGUGAGCACAGGUAGUCGUUUGAGCGGCGGAAGCGCAAUUGCUCCUGGCGACCCUUUACCCCACCGCAAGAAGCGUCGCUAUAAGCCCGGAACCGUUGCGCUCAAAGAGAUCCGGAAAUUCCAAUCCUCCACAGAUCUUCUGCUUCUAAAACUUCCUUUCUCCCGACUGGUGCGCGAAAUUGCUCUUACUCUGCGGCCGGUCGGAGAGGGCAUGCGUUGGCAAUCGCAAGCUAUUCAGGCUCUUCAAGAAGCGUCCGAAGCCUUCCUUGUUCACCUCUUUGAAGACACAAACCUGUGUGCUAUCCACGCCAAACGAGUCACGAUCAUGCAAAAAGAUAUACAGCUCGCGAGACGUAUUAGGGGUGCCUGGGGUGGGCUUGGGUAAUAGGGUUUUUGAUACUUGAACUGGUCGAUUUCGAUUUAUGUACUUGCGGAACUGGAACUUGGCCCGUUGGCGUUUUCGGGGGUGGCAGGUUCAGCACAAAUGGCUCUAUCUUCUACUAAUCAUGAUUCCAGCUGUAUCAAUGACUGUGGUGCUAGGAUGACAGAUUACUCUGAGCAAUGAUUCAGCAAUGGAUGCCUACGCGCAUAUCACUGCAGCCACAAGUUUCACACGGCAUGCCACUGGCGCUGAACUCGUGGGUAUAGUAUGCCAG